AGCAGAAAACUGGUAGCGAAUAUUUGGCGCGAAAAGUAAAGAAGGCGCAUUUUUCAGCUUUCUUCAAAAUAUUUUGUAUCAAAGGAACUUGUGGAAUUCCCUGGAUAAAUUUAUUCUCUGGCCAUGACUGAGACAUUGUUUUCUUUAGAAGUACACGUGGAAAGCGUGGAAGAACUGCGAGUGUCGUGCAAGCUCCCGGCGUUGUGCUUUCGUCUGCUGGAUUUUCCUACAAUGAUAAUUCACCAUGUCUCUCCAUUGGACGCCGAGAAAAUGCGACAAAGACUUCGCAUGGAAGGCAGAGAAUCGUUACUUCACGAGCUCAAGGAUCGCUUUGGGAAUUUCCAGUUCCAUAAAGGAAAAUCCUGUCUGUUCAAAGCAAGCAUAGAUACCUUGUUAAUUCAACUUCAGACGGUUCCUCUCUACGCCAUGUUGAUGGAUUUGUGGCCAAAAAAAAACACUCUUGUAGGUAGCACAUUGAUUCCUUUGAAAAAGGCAAUAGACAAAAUUUCUGCAGAUGUCCACGACAAAGGUGUUGCGGUCCCUGCUUUCUUCCGAGAUGAGGGGGAUUUCGCUGUAUACAAUCUCAUGGGCUCACCCAUAGCAAAAGUAAGAUUAGGCUUCAGGUUAUUGAGUUUAGGGGGAUCACUAAUUCCUCAUAUUCCGACAGAGUCCUUGGGAAACAGGGUUAGUGAAAAGGUCGAAACGAGCGAGAAAGUUGAACAAGCCGUCAAGGGUGCUUUGCAAAAGGUACUGCCUGAAAUUGAAUCAAAAGAUUUAAGUGCAAAGGAGUCGACAUCAGAAAGAAAAAAGAUUGAUAAAAAUGGAACAGCUACACAGAAACUAAAGAUUCAACAUGUAGAGGUUCAAACAAAUAUUCGUGCCAAGACUAUUAAAAGUUCUGGAAUGCUUGAUCGUCAAAGACGGGACAGCGAGGAAGAUGUAGUAAUUACAAACACAUUCUGCCCACCCCCUCUUUAUUAUAAUUAUUUUUCCAAAUCCACACCAUCUGACAGAUAUCAUUUUGCGACAGCGGAGGAAGGCACACAGCAAAGUUCUUCAAAUGCUCAUGGAAUGAGAUAUGGACAAUCUCUUGGCCAAGAUGAGAAUGAUGAAGUGGAUUUUAUGUAUUAUGAUCCUGGUGUGGUUGAAACAGAUGGCACUGUAGGAUUGGCAUCAGUUUCAGUCCAAACUGAUGAGAAAUUACUUAGGCCUUCCGCAGGACCUGACAGUAACGGAGGUCAAGCUGAAUUAAUUAAUGGCUUGUAUAACUUAAGAGGUAUAGCAUCAGAUAGUCAUUUGCCAAUUUUAAAUGCCUUGCUCCAAGAGCUUUCCUGCUUAACAGGGGGACAACAAGUUAGAGACACAACACAAACCAGGUCUUUGAGUGACCAAUCUCAGGUCACUCCAAGACAUCCACAAACAGUUGGUGAUAGAAAACCACCAGUAGUUGGUAACAACUUAAGGAGCAUUUCAAAAAGUCGAACAGAUAAAAACCAAACUCGUCAAGCUCCUCCUGGUAAGAGGACCCAUACCUCAGUGAUUGGUUUGCCAAGGCAAAGAGUGCGUUUCAAGCAGACCAGUCUCACAUACGGAAUGACAAGAACACAGAAAAUGAGGCUUGAGAUCAACCAGAGGGAUAAGUUACCAAACAGAACUAGACCUUGUGAGGUGCAAAGGGCUUUAGCUCAAAAAGAAAAUGUCACAAGAGAUUUAAUACAGACACCUCUGUCAAAGGGUGAUUUAGGAAUGACAUACAAAAUAAACACAGCGAGGAAGCCGAAAGGAAGACAUAUGCGUAAACAGACAGCUGAUGUGCAGGUUCAAACACAGCAGUUUGCUCCAGAACAACCCCACCACAAAAAUAUUGAGUUAGCUGGAACGAGAGAAGUGAUGGAAGCAAAUAUUGCAAAGUCAGAUCCCGAAGUAAUUCCAUCUACUGCUGAAAGUGCCAGAAGCAUAAAGAGUCAAAAUAGUUUGGAAGUUUUUAUUCCACGCGUGGAAGGAGAAUCAGAUGAGAAAAGUGACCAAGAAAAAGAAUGGACCACAGACAAGCCCUCUCUUGGCAUUUAUGGCAAUACAGGGAUUAUAAGCACUGAACUAGAUGACAUACGAGAAGGAUCAGCAAUGACGAUGUACACUGAGGACUUUGAGGACUCAGGCACGGAAGGAUCACAGGCAUCAUAUCAUUUAGCUUUCACCGGGAGCAACAGUAGAGACACUGAAAAUCUCAAACAAAAAUCUAAUCCCAGUGACUCCUCUGAAAGUGCACAGUCCCAAGGUAGCUCUAAAGCAUCACAAAGACCUGUCAGGUCAUCAUAUUCUCCUGUCAAAGUAAAAUCCAGGAGAUUAAAGGCAAAGAUUCAAGGAGCUGCAAGUGUGGAACAAAAGAUCACAACAUCUGAACAAGAUCUUGAAACAUCUGCUGAUCGAGUAAGGAGUUCUUCUGGUUCAUCCAAAGGUCUAAAGGCAGGAAGUCAAGGGAGUUACUCUGAGGACUUCCAUUCUGUUGGCUCUGAACUCCAAAACAGCAAUUCUGAUGCCACAUCAGAUGAUAGUGUUGAUGACAUGGAUCAGCAUGCAAUGCUUGAUCUGCCGCCUCCAGCAAGUAAUUUGGGAUACACUUACUAAGUCUUGUUUAUAUUUGGGUUGGGUAACACAGCACUCAGUGUCUCAUUAUUCACUGCACAGGGUGAACAGAACAUGCAUUUGCCUCUAGCUCUCUGAUACCUUCAGUGAUUACAUUGGAAAAGAAAGCAAGUGGUCAAUAUUAUUUUACUUAUUGUAUCUGUAACAAAAUUAUCGAUUGUGAUUGUCAGGUAAUCAGUGCGUGAUCACGUGGGUGAACUUUUGGUAAUUGGAUACCCGUAUGAUUUGUACAUCAAUUAUGCGAGCUUUAAUGUUUCCUACAGUUUUUAAAAACUUAUGAAAAUCGCUACAAACUUUUUCUCCCAAAAGAAGUUCUCAAAAGACUUUUUUGGCCAUUGCUGAAGAACUGAGUGUUGAUACUGUGAGCUUCAUCUUUUCUUUCUUCUUUGGUUGCCACAGAUGUCACUGUUUAAAAUUCCCAGACUUUUCCCUGACCAAAUAACUACAAAAUUAAUGUAAGAUAUAGUCUGUAGCAACCUCUAGCCUCCCCUUAGAUGCAUCCUUUCCACCCAUUUAUUUGGGACUGAUACGUUUUCAACAAAUUUGCCAUCUAUGUUGAGAAAAAAUAUCACUGAAAUCACAGCAACCCCAAAUGUUUCUUC